CGGUCCUCGCUUCUGCCGGCGCGCGGUCCCGGGAGCUCCGGCGGCGAUGGCGGCGCGGCCCGUGCGCGUGCUGGUGGACAUGGACGGCGUGCUGGCCGACUUCGAGGCCGGCCUCCUGCGGGGCUUCCGGCGCCGCUUCCCCGGGGAGCCGCACGUGCCGCUGGCGCAGCGCCGCGGCUUCCUGGCCCGCGAGCAGUACCGUGCCCUGCGGCCGGACCUGGCGGACAAGGUGGCCAGCGUGUACGAAGCGCCAGGCUUUUUCCUAGACUUGGAGCCCAUCCCCGGAGCCUUGGAGGCCUUGCGGGAGAUGAACCGCACGCCCGGCACCGAGGUCUUCAUCUGCACCAGCCCCCUGCUCAAGUACGACCACUGUGUGGGCGAGAAGUACCGCUGGGUGGAGCAGAACUUGGGGCCCGAGUUUGUGGAGCGCAUCAUCCUGACUAGGGACAAGACGGUGGUCAUGGGGGACCUGCUCAUCGACGACAAGGACAACAUUCAAGGACUAGAGGAGACCCCGAGCUGGGAGCACAUCUUGUUCACCUGCUGCCACAACCAGCACCUGGCCCUGCCCCCCUCCCGGAGGCGGCUGCACUCCUGGAGUGACAACUGGAGGGGGAUCAUAGAGAGCAAGCGGGCCGCCCUGCAGCAGGACUGAGCAGGACCUGUGUGGUCCCGGCUGCAGGAAGGGAGCCCUGCAGGCAGGGCCCGGAGAUGCGGGCAGUGGGGUGGGGGGAUGAUAGACACCAUAGUCUCUGCUUGCACAAGCCCCGCCACGAGGCAGCUCCUAAGAUGGCUGUUCAGGCAUGCCCGGCACGGAAAUACAGUAGGGAAAUCAGGCCCCUUAAUUACAACAAAACC